AUGGCUACUCUGCUACCACCUCCCAAGCGCGUGAAGCUGUACCAUGGCGUCACCGAGCCAGUGCCAGAACCACCAAAACCGUCUUUCAAUAUCCUUGUUCAGUUCGUAUCAGAUGAUGAUGGUCGACCUCUUGCACCGGCCGUGAACUUGCCCGCGAAUGUAUCGAGAGAAGGAUUAGAGGCUCUGGUAAAUAAGCUGAAUACACAGGAUGAAGAACCUGUUCCUUUUUUGUUCCACGUUACACUGCCAAACGACGACAAGGUUUCAGCAAGUGCACCCACUCGGAUUGUGAUAUCAAAAUCAAUAGAGGCAGAUGUCAUCGACCACCCUUCAAAUUCUUUCACCGAAGAAGAUGUGAUCGUCGUACGGUGCUCACCUCAGAGCGUGUUCCGAGUGCGACCGGCGACGAGGUGUUCGUCGUCUCUUGGAGGACACACUUCGCCCAUUCUUUGUGCUUCAUUUUCACCUACGGGAAACUUUCUCGCUACCGGUUCUGGGGACACGAAUGCAAGACUGUGGGACUUGAAUACGGAGACUCCUUCACAUGUACUUUCAGGUCACAAAGGGUGGGUUCUUUGUGUAGAAUGGGAGGCGCUGGAGAGGAAACUUGCGACUGGUGGUCAUGAUGGUCACGUUCGCCUGUGGGACCCGAAAACUGGGAAGCCGAUUGGAGAUGCGUUUAAAGGACACACGAAAUGGGUUACUUCGCUUUCUUGGGAACCUAUACAUCUCAAUGCGGCAGCUCCUCGAUUGGCUUCGUCGUCCAAGGAUGGGACAGUCCGUAUUUGGUCUACUCUAACAAGAAGAGUGGAGUACACCCUUGGUGGCCAUACGGCUUCAGUAAACGUCGUCAAGUGGGGCGGUAUUGGCAAGGGUGUUUUAUACACUGCAUCAAGCGAUCGCACGGUCCGCGUCUGGGAUGCGACGAGUGGCCGACCACUUCAUACCCUCAAAGAUCAUGCUCACUGGGUCACGACAUUGGCGUUGAAUACGGACUUUGUAUUGCGCACAGGGCCAUUUGAUCAUACACGAAAAAGAUCUCAAUCAGAUGAAGAGGCACAACAGCUAGCCUUGAAGAGAUAUACAGCCCUGCUUGCCAGCACACCAGAAGUCCUCAUUUCCGGCUCCGACGAUCAUACACUUUUCCUGUGGUCGCUCUUCCCUUCGUCAUCCCCCACAUCUGAGCCUUCUUUGGGAAAAUUGAAACCAGUGGCUCGACUGACAGGACACCAGCGACAGAUAAGCCAUGUUGCGUUCUCCCCAGAUGGUCGGUGGGCGGCUUCGGCAGCGUGGGAUAACAGCGUACGUGUUUGGGAAGGCCGGACAGGAAAAUACGUUGCCACUCUUCGAGGUCACAUCGGUCCGGUGUAUAGGGUGACAUGGAGUGCGGAUAGCAGGCUACUCGUCAGCGCGAGUAAAGAUAGCACUCUUAAAAUAUGGGACCUUAAGACGUUCAAAAUCAAGAUGGACCUGCCGGGACAUACUGACGAGGUUUACUGUGUCGAUUUUGUAGCCGAUAAAAUUGUUAGCGGAGGGAGAGACCGACUUGUCAAAAUGUAA